ACUUCCGGUUUCAGAUUUGCCGCUUCCUUUCACUAGCAGGUAUGGCGGAUACAAAACUCAAGGACCCCGUUGCUACUCAAAUUACCCCGAGGCUGGACUUCAGCCUGAAGGAGCUGACCCUGCAGGGCGCGGCGGAGGACGCGGUGCCGGGCAGCUCGUCCACCGUGGAGUUGCGGGAAAGGAAGCUGGUGUGCGUGGAAUACCCCGCGGUGGUCCGCAACACGGACAAGAUGCUGGACACUCUGGGCGGGGAGCAAACCGUGAGCAAAACUUUCGCUGACCCCAACAGACGCCUGGAGCUUCGUUUCCGGCCCCAGGACCCUUUCUGUCACUUUGCCUGUGGGAACCGCCUCUCUUCCAGCAACAUCCUCCUCAGAGUGAGGCGGCGGGUUCGAAGAAAAGACCCCAAGGACACCGAGAUCCAGAUGGAAGUAGUUGGGAUCAUAGGAACCACCUAUAAAUUCCAGGGUCAGGUAGACUUCCAGUACCUGGCCGUGGACUCUCAGGGAGGAACGCACACGUCUCUGUACGAUAAAAUAAUCCUGCGUAAAACGGAGACUCAGGAGUUCUUUGAGCAGCCCGUGCCGUACUUCCUGCCGCCCGCCAUCUUCUCGCGCCUCGACAACCCCGUGGAUUACUUCUACCGCUCCGACACCCAUCAGACCCCCCAAAUGCACUUAAACAAGAACGCAAUUGGUUUGAAUCGCGCUCGCCGGCCCCACAACGCCAUAUUUGUCAGCUUCACCGAUGCCGAGGUGCCCACAGAGUGUCUGAAGGCGGCCAAGGUGAACUGGAUCCGCUGCUGCCUGAACGAGAACGACAGACUGGUCGAACAGCAGAUGAAGAAGAUGUUUGAGAGCCGGCCCAUCUGGUCCAAGAAUGCAGUGAGGGCCAACAUCAACGUCCACCCCGAGAAGCUGAAGCUGCUGCUGCCUCUGUUCGCCUACUACAUGGUGACCGGGCCGUGGAGAAGCCUGUGGGUCCGACUCGGCUAUGAUCCUCGCAAGGACCCAGAGUCCAAGAAAUACCAGAUUCUGGACUUCAGGAUGCGCUGCAGCACCAAACAUGGAUACUCCGUGUCCAACAUGCUUGUGAAACCCAAGCGGAGCUCCCUGAGCUACAGCCUUCCCAUCAUGCUGAACAAAGCAGUCCCUCAGCCCACCAGUGUGAUGGAUAUUCCUGAUCAGGAGAACCCGAGCAGCAGCCGGUAUUCUGCUCCUUCCUCCUACAAGCUGAAGGAGUCUACAUACAUCUUCAGAGAAGGCAUGCUUCCUCCGUACAGGCAGAUGUUCUACCAGCUCUGUGAUUUGGACGUGGACAGCAUCAGGGAGAUGAUCGAGCAGAGCAGUGGGACGGAGCAGCAGUGCUUGGAGCGAGAUGGCUGGUGUGCCGCCGGCACCACCGUCAAGCUGAGGGACCUGAUCUCCUCCAUGAUUAAAAAGGUCCCGGGUGCUGAGAAACCAGGGUUGCCCCACAUCCCCAAAAAGAGGCGGCGCAGCGAACCGUGUCCACCAUUUCAGUUUAGAGAGGUGGAUGAAGAGGAGGAUGAGGAGGAGGAAGAGGAGGAGUGUGCAAACAAGGAGGACGAGGAGGAAGAAGAUGAUGAAUUCCAUCUGUCUGACGGAAGUGUAAAUGAGAUGGAGACAGAAAUUCUUGAUUAUUUGUGACAAAAUCACUUUUUGUGUUUUGAAAUGGAAUGUAUUUAGUUUCUGUAAAUAAAGUUGUUCAGUUUUAUCUAAAAAA